ACAGAUAUGUGUAAGUUUAGGAUUCUGAGAUGGGGAGAUUAUCCUGGAUUAUCUAGAUGGGGCUGGUAUAAUCACCAAGGUCCUUAAAGCACGGCAGAAGAUCAGAGGAAGAGACAAUGUCACUAUGGAAGCACUGGGGGAAAAGGCUAUAUGAUGCGAGGCCAUGACCCCAAGGAAUAUGGAUGACCUUUAGAAGCUGGAAAAGGCAAGCAAACACAUUCUCCUCUGAAGCCUCCAGAGGGAACCAGCCCUUCUAACAACUUGAUUUUAGCCCCUAAGACUCAUUUUAGACUUCUGAUCUCCAGAAAUGCAAGAGGAUAAAUUUGUGUUACAUUUAAGCUAUGAAGUUUGUGUAGUUUGUCACAGUGGUUGCUAUGGUUUGAAUAUUUGUCCUCUGCAAAACUCAUGUUGAACUUUAAUCCCCAAUGUGGUAGUAUUGAGAAGUGGGGCCUUUAAGGGGUGAGUGAAUUCAUUCAUGGGUUAAGGGAUUGAUGGAUUAUCAUGGGAGGAGAACUGGUGGUUUUAUAAGAAGAGGAGGAGAGGCCUGAGUUAGCAUGUGAGCUCAGCCCCUGGCCAUGUCAUACCCUAUACCACCUCAGGAAUCUUCAGCGAGUUCCCACCAUCAAAAAGAUUGUUACCUGGUGCAACUCCUCCACCUUGGACUUCUCAGCCUCCAUAAACUGAGAAGACAUCUGAAAUUUAACUAUGAUCAGAAAUUCAGAUUACAAAAACUUUGUUUGCUGUGCUGUUUGUAAUAAAAUAAUUCCACCAGCCCCUUUUGGAAAAACCUUCAAACGGAUCCAUGAAUACAAGCCACUUAAGACACGAUUUUACACUCACAAAGACAUACUAGAUAUUGGGGCAAAUAUUCUGAAAAAAGAAGAGCAGUUUCAAGAAGAUAUACUCAGAGAACACAUUGCGAAAGCAGAAGCUGAAGUAUGGGCUCAGGCUAAUGAACGUCAAAAACAAGCAGUGGAGAAAGCACUUGAAGAAGCAAAUCACAGACACAAAAUUGAAAUUCAGAUUUUGAAAGAGGAACAUCAAAAAGAUUUACAGGAAGUGACAGCUAAAACUAAGACAGAGAUGUAUCAGAACAUGGAUGACGAAAUGAAGAGAGAGCACUUGGCUGCAGAACAGCGCAUGGUCCACAGAAUCCAAAGGAUUAUGAUGGAAUGCCACAGAGAGAAGGUCGAAGCUGUGGAGAAAGCCAGGGCUGAAGAAAGACGCAUCGCCCAAGAAGCAAUCCGGGCCCAGAAAAGCAAAGCCGUGGAGGAAAUUGUGAAUACUGGUGUCACAGUUAUUAAGGAUGAGAAGACCAGUGUGGCCCGACUGAUGAGGGAAAAAGAACAUGAAAUGAACAUCCUCUAUGGCAUAGCUCAGAGGCAGAGGCAAGAAGAGGUACAGGAAGUGCUUCAAGAAGCAGAGAAAACACAUCAGGCCACUCUUGGCAAUAUGAUGGAUAAACUGGCUAACACCCAGGGGGAGCUGCUGUCUAUAGCAAAACAACUGGGAAUCAUGACAAAUUGGAAAGAUUUCCUAGAGGAGGAAUUACAGGAAACCAGGAUGGCAUUUCAAAAAUACAUCAAUUAUACCUUCCCUAAGCUUUCACCAGGACAUGCAGAUUUUAUUCUGCCAGAAAGAAAGAAAACACCUUCUAAUCUUGUUAUUAAGGAGAACGAAACAACUCUUGAUUAGAAGUGUUCAGUUGAAAUUUCACUACAAAAGACAUCAUUCCAGACUAAAUAAAUUUACUCAAAAACCAUGUAUUGAUUCCCCAGCCUUGUGCAGGGUACUAAUGGGCCAUAAGAAUUUUCAUGGAAAACCAAAAUAUCAAAAAGCACAUUCCAGAUUAUAGUGAGCCAAGUCUGAGAAGAAAAAACAGUGAGAGGGAGCAAACUGAUUAAGAGGGGAAAGAUUUCUUGGAUGAAACCU